AUGGAGUCCCAGUGCGACUACUUCAUGUAUUUCCCGGCCGUGCCCUUCCCGGCGCGGGAGGUGCUGCUGGGCGAGCCCGGGCGCUACCGGGCGCUGCCGCGGCGCAACCACCUUUACCUGGGCGAGACGGUCCGCUUCCUGCUGGUGCUUCGCUGCCGGCCGGGGGGCGUCGGUGGGGAGGGUGGCGGGAGGGCGCCCUGGGGGGAGCUGGCCGGGUCCCUCUCUGCCCUGGCCAGCGUUAGCCCCGGGGCCAGCCUGGGCGGCGAGGCGACGCUGGGCGGAGAGCCCGAGCCGACCCGCGAAGACGACGAGGACACGGCCCCCGGGAGCCUCUUCCGCGACUGCCGGGCGCUGCUGACCCACGGCCAGGGGACCCCCGGGAGACCCGCCGCAGGAGUAAGGCCCGGAGCGGACGCGGGUGGCGGGGCGGUGAGGCGGAGUGCCUUGCGGGAGGGAGGAAUCUGGAUCCGGCCCGCUGACGCUUCCCUCCCGGCCCGCGCAGGUGCCCAUGGAAGAGCCCAUCGUGUCCACGGACGAGGUCAUCUUCCCCCUGACCAUCUGCCUGGACAAGCUGCCCCCCACCACCGUCAAGGCCAAGGUGAGACCCGGGCAGGUACGAUGGGGUGGGAAAGGGAGGGGAGGAGGCUCACCUGGGGGGACACCCUACCCCCACCCCACGAAACACCCACGGAUCGUUUUUGCGCCCCCAGAUCGUGGUGACGGUUUGGAAGCGGGACCAGGAGAAGGCGGAGGUGCAGGAGCGCGGCUACCUCAGCAUCCUGCAGGAUCGGGCCCCCUCGCAGACAUUCCGGGAAGAGCAGGGGGCUUUCAAGGCACAAGGUGAGCGCUCAAGACCCAGAACCCACUCCCCCCAGCACCUCUGAAUUGAGAGGAGCGUGGGGGUCUCCUCCAAACACCCCCUCUUUCCACCUGCCUACCAAAAAAGUAGCUGCAUGGGGCGGGUGUCACCCUCUGACCUUUGACCCCCUCCCUGCAGUGAGCACCAUGCUGACCGUCCUGCCCCCUCCGGAGCUGAAGUGCCAACCCCUGAACGUGUCGGGGAAACACCUGACAGUACUAAAAGGUGCGUGGAUGGCUGGAGCAGGGGGGAGAGCCAACAUGGGGGCAUUUGGGGGGAAUGUGGGGAGCAGCUGGGGCAGGGGCAUGAUGGGGGCAGGGGGCCUCUCCAUCUUCCAGGGACCUGCCAAUGGCCAUGCUCUGCCCUUUCCUGUGGGUGGUGCCCCCCCAUAUGUGUAAGCAGGGCUGGGGGACCGACAUUCUCUCCCCCACCAACUGGAGGGUCUCUAAGUGAAGGCUGGGGGCAGAAGAACCUCAGGAGAGCUGAGCACCUGCAGGCUCAGGCGCAAGGUCCGGCCCUCCACCUGGAGUCCAGCCUCCUUUUCUCACACUGGACCAACCAGGCGUCUAAUAUGGGAGAGAGUGAAAGGAGGGCCCCAUUCUAGGUUCCUCCUCACAAGAUCAUAAUGAGAGCCGUGCUGAAUCAGGUCCAGGGGGGCUCACCUAGGCCAGCACCCUGUCCUCACAGUGGCCAAAUGCCCCUUGGAACCAGGAAAUCCAGAUAGACUGUCUCUGGACCUGCCUGGAGGUUCCAUUGGAUCAUCGGAAGAAGCUGCUUGAUCAAGCACACAGGUGUCCUGGAAAGUCCAGCUGAUCACGGUCUCUCUCUCCACCCCCAACAUUCCUGCUGUGAUGAUGGGGGCCGCCAGGCUGAUGAUCCAGGGACUCCCUUGGAGGAGUUGAACUCCUGAUUAGAAGCCACCAGUAGCCCUCUCCUCCUCCAUGAAUGUGUCCAGUCCUCGUCUAAAGCCAUCCAGGUGGGCGGCCAUUGCUGCCUCCUGUUCCAUAGAUUAAUGAUGCACGCCAUCCUUUGCAAGAGCACCUGUCUCUUUGGAUCCCAGGACCUUUCCCCUGCCUUUAAUCUUUUGCACACCCACCCUCUUUUCCCCCACCUCCAGUUUUGAACGCAGCCUCGCAGGAGGAGCUCUCUGUGUGGGAUGUGCGGAUCCUGCCCAAUUUCAACACCAGUUACCUUCCUAUGAUGCCAGAUGGGUCCGUCUUGCUCGUUGAUGAUGUCUGGUAAGAGAACAGUUUGUGGGUGGGCAGUCAGCUGGAGCUGGUGACCCCCCAAUCUGCCAUUGUGGCCUGGAAAGGCCUCCACUUCAUUCUGGGGCUUUUGACCUUUGGUCCCCACCCUGCACUCAGAGUGUCUUCGACUGGCCAGCUAAGACAGCUGAGGUUGCUAAUGGGUCUCAAACCCCCAGAGAGUUAGAGGCUUCCCCUGUGUGUGGUCAGGCUCUGGUGGAUUGAGCAGAUGGGAUCAAGAAGACAGUUUCUGCUCCUGCUGUGGAUGAAGAAAGUGAGGGGCAGGUGGGGCUUGUCCGUCUGGGAAGGGAGCCCCUCUAAGGGAAGGAAAAUGCUGAUCCUAAACCUCUGCUGCCUUGCAGGAUAUUUGAGGGGGGAGAAAUGGCUAAGGAGUAAACCCUGUGCAAAUCCAGAGUCCCUAAGAUGCCUGGAUGGCGCCUUGCACUGGCGGAGGAAAGGGGUGCAGGGGGAGCGCACCGACCCUGGCGGCACGAUCCCCGUGGAGUGCCAUCGUGGCUGCCCCUCCCUCCACGCGCUGGGUGCCACGCCCCCGCAGGCAGCACACCACAUCCCUGGGACGCGCGCCAUGCCCCUGCAGGCAGCGUUCCCCACCCCCAGGACCACUGGUGCUUUGUAGGCCUCCUUCUGGCAACUCCUGCAGCCCAGCUGGUGGCAAACAUCUUGCUCUGCUUUCCUUUGGAGCCCAUCAGCCAGGCCAAGAAGGGGGUCUUGUCAUCCGGGAAGCCCAGGACCUCCAGACACACAGCCUUGGGGAGGUCACUUCAGUGCUGCUGACGCAGCUUACUCAGGAUUGCAGGGGGUUGGGCUGGAUGACCCUUGGGGACCCCUCCAAAUUCUUCAAUCCUACGAUUCUACAGGGACGGGGCAGUCGGAGGGAUGGAGGCAGGAGUCUUGGGAGGUGGGGGCCUCUUUCCUCCCCGUUUACCCCUCUUUCUCCCCCUUUCUCUCCAGCCACCAGUCGGGUGAGGUGUCCAUGGCCUCCUUCUCCCGGGUGCCCUCGGCCACAGCCUCCUGCCCCUGCUCCCUGCGGGCCCUGGAGGAGCAGAACUUCCUCUUCCAGCUGCAGGCCCCCGAGCAACCCCCGCCAGACAGCGCCAAGGAGGUGAGGGUCUGCCCACCCGGCGGGGACCCACCCCACUGGCACCCGGUGGAGGGGGGAUCAGGGGGGUCCGCCUUGCUGCCAUGAUUGCUGCCACCUCCUCAAGGCAGACACUGGGGGUGGGGCUAGAGAGGGGCUUCUCCAAGAAGCACUUCACAUUUCAGAGCAGGAUAGGAUAGUCUUGUAUGAAGAAAAUAAGGGGUUCUUUGGUCCAGUGGUACCUUCUUAUUAAGUUUCGUAGGCAUUACACAAGCAAUAUGUUUACUGAUGCCUUAUCUAUUCAGCUCUCCUCUCCACAAGUUCUGGUGUUGGGGGUGGAAUAAAAGUAUCUUCUGUCUCAUUUAUAAAGGAAAAGAAAGGAAGCAAAGUUGGCCGAAAGCAGGUCUCCCUGCAGGCGUUCUGAUACAGCCCCGUUCCAAAUAUUAUUUAGCCAGACUUCAAGGGGGAAUUCCAUAAAUUGUUACCAAUAUCAGGCUAGUGUUAACUGCACUGCUGAUUUUAAAAAAUAAUCAAUUUCUGCAUUGACAGUUACUGUUUAAAUUUGAGCCUAAUGAUAACAAGGCAAGACCUGAAUUGGAAAACAUUUAUUUAUUUAUUUGCAGAAUAUAGAUAGGUAUAUUUUCAAAACGAGAGCAAGAGUAAGGCUUCUUUGUGUUGACAAGAUGAAAGUUUGUCCACCUUAAAUUAGACCUCAUAUAAAUGAGAAACAUGGACAGCUUAUCUGUUGCCAAAACAUGAGAAAUGCAACACGGGAGCAUGCCUCUGGGCUCUUGUGGGAUAUACGACCAGAAACAGUAUCCCAGUCUCUCUUCGAGAGCACUGGCUGUUCUUCAACUCUGACAAAUAUGAAAGAUCAGAGAAGAGAAAGGCUUCUUUGUCUCAAAUUAGGCCUAAUAUAAAUGAGAUUGCCCAGCAAAGGCAGGCUCUCACUGCCUUUGUAUACCUCCUGAAGGUACAAAUGGAAGAGACUCAUUUAUAAAUACAUUUUGGGAAGGAUGCGUGUAUUUUCUCUAGCUCCAUUGCUUUCUGCUUUCUGGGUGUCCCGUGAUCAUACUAUAAAGUAGUUGCCUGGAGCUGCUUCUUUUUGUAUUUCUUAUCCAUAAAAAAUUCAGUGCAGUGCAAGAACAUUUUUGUUCUGAAUGUCUGACCCAGAGAAAGAAGUCUGAGAGCCAUUGGACUAGAUGUCCUUGGGGAUCCCUUCCUUCUGGGAUUCUCUGAGGGAGGGGCCAUGAGGGGAAGAGGCGGGAUAUGCUGCAGGGGGUGGGUGGGGCCAGCAUGUCUGCCAAUCAUUUCCUGCCUGCAAUAAUUUUAAGGGGUGAAACUUAAUUUUUGUAGCGAGGGGUCUUAAAAAUAUAUUUAGGUGCGAGGAAUCCAUAUCUGCUAUUAUUUUUGUGAUUGGGCGACAGUUAGCUUGGUAAGUCUAUAUUUGAUUAAGAAGCACAUAAACUGUUCUCAGAAAACCAAAUAAUUUUAAUUUUGCCUUCUGAAAGGUAGGCAACAGGUAAUAUAAAAUAUGCAAUGCAUAUUAUAUAAAUAAAAGUAAUAAUUUUAGUAUAUAAUAUAACUGCAAGUACUUGACACUCGUUUUUAAUUAUCUCUAGGGCAUUUUACAUGUUUUACUAACCAAGCAGAACUAAAUUGCUUUAAUUUAACCAAAAUAUCUCUUGAAUUCCUAAGUCCUGUCACAACUUUUUAGCGCCCCUCAUUUUUGGAAGUUGCAAGUUGAAAAAUGCAGCGUGCCCUCCUGAUUUGGUUGAGAUUCCUGCCUUGCAGGGGGUUGGACUGGAUGACCCUUGGGGUCCCUUCCAACUUGACCAUCCUAUGGCUCUCUGGUUUAAUCGCAGGGCCUGGAAGUCCCUCUCAUCGCCGUGGUCCAGUGGUCAACCCCAAAGCUGCCUUUCACCGCCAGCAUCUACACCCACUACAGGUAAGGGAACUUGAAAAGAGGAUGAGACAUGAUAUCAAAUUAGAAUAUUAGAAUAUUAAUAUUAGAAUAUUAAUUAGAAUGGGCUGGGAGUGUGGUUCGACCCAGAAACUUGAAGCUAUUUCAAGUUAAGUAUGUAGAGACUUGGGUUGAAAUUUUAAGAAGACCUCAAAAAGUUUCCCUCACCCCUCCCUGAUUUAUUAAAUAAUAAUAAAUAAAUAAAAAGACCUUGAGAAAUGGAACCGAAUGAAGCUUUCGUUUCUAGGGAGAAUAUCUGCGAUCAAAAUGAACUUUCUAUCCAAGAUGCUUUUUCUGUUUCAGGCCUUCUAGUAUUUAGUGGCACUCACUGCUUAAAGCAAUGGAAAAAGGACGUAGCUAAUUUAAUCUGGCAGGGGGGAAAGCCCUGGACUAAAUAUGAAAUUUUAAUUGACAUAAAGAAUAAGGGGUGUGGAUUUGGGCUGCCAGACUUGAAAAUGUAUUAUGAAGAGGCUUGUUUAUGUUGGAUGAAAGAGUGGGUAGAGUUGAAAAACACAAAUCUUCUGGAGCUAGAAGGAUUCAACCUGAUGUAUGGAUGGCACACUUGCCUGUGCUAUGACAAAGCCAAAGUUCAUAAGAGAAUUCAUAUUUGCGUGAUAAAGAAUAAUCUAUAUAAAGUGUGGGUGAGAUAUAAAGACCUCCUAGAAAGGAAGACGCCCCUGGUGGAUCUCCCCUAUGGAGACAGUUGCAGUUAAGAAACUAAAGCUGAGUAAGAAUUGGGGUACAUACAGGGACCUCCUUGAAAUCAAAGAGAACUCUAUUGGACACAACAUUGAAAUUUCAGCCUGGGAGAAGCUGUGGAACAAAACUAUUAAUAUUUCGGCCUGAUAAAAGAAAAUAUACAAAGAAUGCUGUACAGGUGGUACCUGACCCCCAAUAAUCUUGCUAAGAUUUACAGAUGAGGGUCCAACCUCUGCUGGAAAUACUCAGAGGUUGAGGGAUCCUUUAUCCAUAUAUGAGGGCAGUGUAAACUUGCCCCAAAGUUCUGGGGGAUGGUCUAUGACCAGCUUAGAAAACUUUUCCGGAUCACAUUUCCAAAAAACCCGGAAGCUUUUCUACUAUUGAUGAUUGGAGAUGAGAUCCCUACAAAGGUUCAUAACCUAUUCCUCUAUGUGACGGCUGCAGCCAGACUAGAAUAUGCCAGAAGUUGGAAAGGAAAAGAAAUUCCAGCUAAAGAACAAUGGCUGCAGAAACUAAUAGAAUUUGCGGAACUCGCAAAUCUCACAGCCAGAAUAAAAAACCGAGAUGGGGGGAAACAAAGGGAUGGGACAGCUUUGGGAAAUAUUAAAAAAAAUAUGAUGCUAAAAUCAAUCUACAAGUAGGGGUGUAUAAACAAUAUAACGAAGGACUACAAGGAGAAAACUAGGGUGCAGCAAAAACUAGGUUUAUUAAGAAUGCCAUGGAAGGGAAGGUUGGGAAGUCUGCACAAAACCUCCAUAUGAUGGUUAAGAAAAGAGGAUCAGGCAUAGCCCUGCAAGAAGAGAGGGAAAUACAGGGCUACUGGACUUGGUCACGUCACAGAGUGACAGCAGCAAAGGGGGGCCAGGCCCACCCGCAACUGGCUGGACCUCCACCCACUUCGUCCAAAAGGUGUUUCUCUCAGUCAUGCAGAAAUCUUGAGCUGCAAUUCCUGCCCUGCCGGGGGUGGGUGGGCUAGAUGGCCCUUGGCGGUCCCUCUCAGCUCCAUGACUCCAUGAGGACGAUGGACGCUGCCUCCCCGCUGCUGGCUGCCCAUCUUGCUGCCACAUCUUUACUUUCCCACUCACGUUCCCAGGGACGAAGGGGUCCUACCCCCCCCCAGGUGGGGUGCGGUGGGGCAGGACCCUGACUGCCCCCUUCCUGGGCCUCCCUGCCCUGACACUCAGCGCAGCUUCCCGUCCUCCCUUAAGCUGCUAAAUGCUUUGAAUGUUUGAUGCUUUCUUAUGUUUUUAUAUGUGCUGGAAGCCCAGCCAGGUGGGCGCGGUCUUCUUCUUCUUCUUCUUCUUCUUCUUCUUCUUCUUCUUCUUCCUCUUCUUAGGCUCCCCAGCAUCCGCCUGGCCCGCCCCCGAUUCGUCAUGACAGCCGAGUGUGAGUCUCCGGUCGCCCUUCACCGCCGCUUCACCGUCACCUACACCCUCAUCAACAACCUGCAGGACUUCCUGGCCGUGCGCCUGGUGUGGACUCCGGAGAGUGCGGCUGCUGGUGAGAGCAUGGUGGGCUGGGCUGGAUGACCUUUGGUGGCCCCUGCCCAGCCCAACCAUUCCAUAAUUCUGUGGCGGUCUCUCCUUCCUUGGAGGAUCGCCAUCUGUCAGGCAUUAUUUUGUGACCCUUGGGGUCUAUGAUUCCAUGAUUCUUCCCUCCUGUUUUGGGGAGCAGGGAAGGAGGGCAAUGGAGGAGGCAGGCUGACGGGGUGGGUGAGAGAGGCAGGGCUUAUCUGCGAUCCCUAGAUGACCCUGAGUUUCCAUGAUUCUAUGAGUCCUGCCUGGAAAUACUGCGUUGGAAGGUCUUUAGGGAGAUGCUGGGGAGCCAUUUCUCAGGGAUUCUCUAGCUUUGGACUAGAUGACCAGUGGGGAUCCCUUCCAACUCUACGAUUCUCCAGCCAGGAAGAGUUGUGGGGGGAGCCUUGCCACUCUUGGUCCGGGGGGUGGGGUGGGCUGGAGCAUGAGGAAGUGGAUGACAAAGAGCUCCUGGGCCGUGCUCACAGGGAACAGAGCCUCCAAGCUCAGGGGCAGUCUCCCCGCAAAAGCAGGAGCUGGUGGUUCUCGCUUGUGGGCUUCUCUGGGGCACCUCAGGUGGGACAAGGCUGCUGCCCUUUCCUUUUCCUGACACCCCCCAGGCAAGAAGCUGUCCCGCGAGGAACGGCGCGCCAUCCAGGACGCCCAGGACGCCAUCGUCUGCCACACGCCGCUCAACAACUUGGGGUUCUCCCGGAAGGGCAGCGCCCGGACUUUCUGCGUCACCUUCCAGGCGCUGCGUGCCGGGUUGUACGAGGUAAGAAGCCCCUGUGCGCCAGCACAUGCUUCCAUCUGGGCUCUGGGGCUCCUUUCUGCGGGGGGGGGGGGGCUGGGCUGCAUGGCCCUUGGGGGAUUCUUGACAAUGCUGUGGUUGAAUGUGGGCAGAUUUGGGAAAGGUAAAAGAAAGACUUUCUCCGCACAGCACAGUUAACCUGUGGAACUCCCUCCCACAAGAGGGAUGGCAUUAAAAGAGGAUCGGACCCUGCAGGAAGAUGGAUUUUCCUUCAUCUGUCCCAAAUCUUCCCAGGGGCUGGUAGUUGUCACAGCCCCCUCCAUGAAUCUGCCCAACCCUCUUUUAAAGCCAUCCAAGUGGAUGGCCAGCUCUGCUUCCCGUGGCAGUGAGUUCCAAAGUUCAGCUCUUGCAAGGUGGCCCCAGUUGCUGGAAACCACAGGCGGGGAGGGAGUGGUUAUUGCGCUUGGAUUUUGCUUGCAGGAAUCUCACAAUGGGCAUCAGGUUGGCCACUGAGAGAAGAUGCUGCCUGGUCAUCUCUCAUGGCUGCUUGAGCUGAGAUUCCUGCAUUGCAGGGGGUUGGACUAGAGGAGCCUCAGGGUCCCUUUCAGCCCUAGAACACUAUGGUUCUAAGGGUCUGUGGCUGGAUGGGCCCCUUUGGCCCAGCUGGCCCUUCUGGCAGAGUGGAGAUGGGAUUGUGGGGCUCUGUAGAGGACCUUGCUGGUGUCUGUGCUCAGGGUGGUGCUGAUGGGCAGCCAAGCCCUUCCUUCUGGACCUGGACCUGCUGAGUUGCAGGGGGCUGGACUGGAUGACCCUCAGAGCUCCCUCCCAACUCCACAGUCCACUGCUAUUGCUGCUGCCCUCCUGGGCUCCCGCUCUGUUUGGCACUGCCCAGCUGCAGAAGGAAUGGACCUCUUUCUCUUUCUCUUCCUCGUUCUUUGCUCCCCGGAAGCUCUCCCAGCACAUGAAGCUGAAGCUGCAGUUCACCGCCAGCGUCUCGAACCCACCUCCCGAGGCCCGGCCCGUCUCCCGCAAGAGCAGCCCAGGCAGCCCGGCUGUCCGGGAGCUGGUGGAGCGUCACCAGGCCAGUCUGGGCCGCUCGCAGAGCUUCUCCCAUCAGCAGCCGGCCAGGGGCCACCUCAUGAGGUGGGUGCAGGGGGUUCAGCUAGAUGGCCCUGUGGGGUCCCUUCCAAUUCUACAAUCCAUGAUUCUCACUCUUUCAGGGAACAGGAAGGGAGGGUAAUGGAGGAGGGUGGGCUGAAGGGGGCAGACAAGAGAGGCAGGGCUCCUGGGUUCUCCUGGGGGUCGGCCAAGGCCCCCCACUUGCCCCCCACUGAGGCCUCUCUUUCUCUCCCCCCCCCACAGGUCAGGCAGUGUCAUGGAGCGCCGAGCAAUCACUCCCCCCGUGGGCUCCCCCGUGGGGCGGCCCCUCUACCUGCCCCCUGACAAGGCUGCUCUUUCCCUGGACAAGAUUGCCAAGCGGGAGUGCAAGGUGCUGGUGGUGGCCCCCGUCACGUGAGGUGGGGGCAGAGACCCCACCCCCUUCCCCUGCCCUCCUCCAAAAGGGAGACGCUGCCUCCUGCCUUGCAAGGGAACAAACCUCCUGCCUCCCCCGCCCCAAAACCUGCAAACGCCCCAGUGCUGCCCCCCCUGGAAUAAAAGCCGCGCAUGUGACCCCCCAGGAAAAAUCUCAGCACACCCAAUCAAUGUGGGGGGACCUUCCACUUCUCUCUGCUGUUCCCUUUCCCUUGCGGGGGCUCAGAGCUCCAGCCCCCCCCCCAAUGAGACACCCCUCUCACUGUGCCAUCUCCCACUCUCCUUCUGGGGUUUUUGGCUGCUCCCCCUCCCCACAUUUGCUCCUUCAAAAUGGGGGGCACAUACCCCCAACCUCAUUGACUUCGUCCUCCACGGUGUGUGCAAAUGAGGCCAAGCGUCGGGGGGGCAGCUCCCCCAAUUGCCCCAUGCUGAGGAUCAGGAAUCAGCUGCUGCUGCUAAACCUUGGAGCUUGACGGUACACCCACUGGACAGCUGCAUUGCAGAGGGUUGGACUAGAUGACCCUCGGGGUCCCUCCCAACGCUACAGGUCUAUGGUUAUGGGACGAAUCUGUGCUGCCCCCUGCUGGUGGAGGGGUACCUUUGCUGCUGCGGAUCUUCUGGAUCACACUGGAUUGUGCCACUUCUGAGGACUGGGAAGGGGGCAGAUUUCUCUUACCCCCCCACCCCAUUUCACACUGGCAGCUGCUACAUCCACGGGAGAGGGGUGGGCAGGCCUCCACCCAGCCCCUCCUGCCAUCUCAGGCCAAAGGGCCCCAUUCCAUUGCACUUUAUUUAAUUUUUAUGUUAUUUAUAUAUUUUGUAUUAUUAUUUGCCUCCAAAGCAUCUCCGACUCCACGUUGUGUGUUUUGCAAAUAAACUGCGCUGGCUGGGGAAAGUGUUGGUGUGUUUUGGGGGGUGUUCCAGGAGUGGGGAGAGACAUUCCUCCAAGGAAGGACGUCUAGCGGACGCCCAGUGAAGCUGGACGCUGGAGGAUUCAGGACAGAUUAGAAAAAGCCCUUCUUCACACCGCAGAGUUGGGCUGCGGAACUCCCUCCUGCAGGAGGCCAUGAGGACCUCCGACUUGGAUGGCUUUAAUCUGGGCAGGAGGAGGGAGCUGGCGGGGGCUCCUGGCCAGGAGGCUCUGCCUCCACAGCUGGAGAGAAGGCGGCUUCUGAAGGGCACUUGCUGGAGACCACGGGACGGGAGAGGCCUCUCGGGCGCCCAGCUGGAAGCUGCGAGCUCCGCCCACUGAGCCGCGCUGCCCUUCCCCUCGGACUGAGCGGGGGGCCCUGGAAAGACCUCCUGCCCCUCGCAGGUCAGCGCCGCCGGGGGGCGAGGGGGGUCCGGGGGGGGCUGGGGGCGAGCUCCCCCUCCCCUCCGAUGCCCCAGGGAGGGAGGGAGCCUCCCCCCGGGCGGCCCCUUCCCCCAGCAAAGCCUCUUCCGCCCAAACGCACCGCCAAGACGCGACUUCCGACGGAAGCGACCUGCAGUCGUUCUCUGUCCCCCUAGUGCCGCUCUAGUCCUCCGAAGCGUCUCCAUGGCGAAGGCCGGCGGGUCGGGGGAGGCGCUCGGGCGACGCUAGGCCGGGCCGGGGGCGGGGCUCCGAAGCGCGCCUUUUCCCUUGAGUGGGCGGGGCGCCCGGGGGAGAGAACGGGCGGGGCGGGAAACGGGGAGGAGGCCUGAAGGGAACGCCGAGGAGGAAGCAGCAGCGAGGGAGCGAGGCGCAGAAUGGAGGAGCUGAGGGGCUUCUCGUGCUCCAGAUGAAGAGGAGCAGCGCCGUUGUCCCCAAGGCCGCGGGAGAGGAGUGGGGGGCCUGGAGGGGAGCGCAGCCCUUGGGGGAACAGCCAGGAGCCGGGGAGGCGAGAGGCAGAGGGGCCGCCCGAUUCUGCAGCGAAAAGGUGGAAGCCCGGCGUCUUCCGCUCUAGACCUCCAAGCCAGCCUGAAGACUUGGGUGGGGCCUGCCUAGAGCAGAUGGAAAAGCAUUUCCAAAAGAGAGAAAGUUCUUCCACACAAUCCUAGUGUUGGAAGGAAGCCCAAGGGUCAUCUAGUCGAACCUGAAUCCAUUGGUUUGGUUCCUGAGCCCUUGAGAUACUUGCAGAUGGCUCUCCUCUCUCAGUCUCCUCUUCCCCAGGCUAAACAUCCCCAGCUCCUUCAAGCGUUCCUCAUCAGGCCUGGCUUCCAGACCCUUGAUCAUCUGGGCUGCCCUGCUCUGCACAUGUUGCAGCUUGUCAACAUCCUUGAGCUUGCUCUGGACACCAGACUUCUGAGAUGCAGCCUGAAAGAGCAGGAGCUUUUUUAAUGCUGCAGCAUCACACUGCCUAGAGCAGGGGUCAGCAAACUUUUCCAGCAGGGGGCCGGUCCACUGUCCCUCAGGCCCUGUGGGGGCCAGACUAUAUUUUUUUGGGGGGGGAAUGAACAAAUUCCUAUGCCCCACAAAUAACCCAGAGAGGCAUUUUAAAUAAAAGCACACAUUCUACUCAUGUAAAAACACAGUGAUUCCCAGAAUGCCCACGGGCCAGAUUGAGAAGGUGACUGGGCCGGAUCCGGCCCACGGGCCUUAGUUUGCCUAUCCAUGGCCAAGAGAGUACCCCCAAAUAAAGCACCUCUGAGUGUGUGCAGAGUGACUGAGGUUCCUCCUUGACUCCUGCUUUGGAGAGAAGAUGCAGAGUGGGAAGAGAGGGUGAGCUUUUUGUAAAAAGAACACAGCUGCAUGCCUGGAGAGGAUAGGAAAUGAAGGCAGUGGGGUGGAACAAGGUCCUCCAGAGCAAAAGUCCCUCGUUCUGAGGCACUUCCUCACCCUGUUCAAGCGCUGUAUCAGUGAUGCCUCCAGGGACCUGGUGAGUCUAUCUUCUUCUGCCAUGGAGUGCAUUUGCAGGAAGGGGGUGGCCCAGUGCUGAAGGGGAGGGUGCAGGGAACCUGCUCAGCUAAUCCCUGGAGGGACCCCCUACAACCCCCAAAUCAGGGAGCAGAGGUUCCUCCCUGUCUGCUGUUCCUUUGGAUCCACGUACUGCUUGCCACUUUAUGGAGGGGUCUUUGGGUUGGGAAGAAGAGGGCAUGCAAACAAACCCCCAUUUAGAUGUCACAUUUAUGAACAGAGCCAGGCAGAAAUAUUUGGACAUAAAAUAUACACGUAAUAUAAAAACGACAAUCUGACCUCUGCAGUAAAUCAAGAAAGACUGUUGGAAGAUUGAGGGCGGGCUUCUGCAUGCGGUGCACUGUGGAAACUAUGGAACUCCUUCCCACAGGAGGCAGGGACGGUCGCCAACCGAGAUGGCUUUCAAAAGGGGAUGAGGCCAGUUCAUGCAGGAGACAGAAGUCUGCCUAGGCUCCUUUGUGCCCUUGUCAGCCGUGACAGCGGCGCCUGGAUGUCUGCCCAGAAGGGAAAGGGGCCCUCCUGCCCUAGUCCCACACCAGCCUCCCCCCACCUGACGCUGACCAGGAGCUUUGGACUACAACUCUCGCCUGCCCACUGCGUUUUGGACCAGUUCCCCAGUCAUCAUAGAAUCAUAAUAUUAUAAAUUAUUGUUAUUAUUAUUUUCAAUUACCCACCUAAAGUUCACAGGGCAGAUGACAACAGAGAAGCACAAUAUUAAAGAACAGUUCAAAACAGCCUACAAUCAUGGGGAAAUGGUGGAGAGAAGGGUGAAUUGGGUGUGCUCGGCUAGCCAAGGGUUAAAAGAAAUGGGCGCUGCCUUCCUAGAGAGGACGUAUUAAAAAGGGGGUGUCAGGUCCUCCAGAGAAAAAGCCCCUCCCUCCCAAGGCUUUUCGUGCAAGUGGGGGGGCUCUUGUCUCGGCUCUGCAUCUUCCGGGAUCUGGUGAGUCUCCCUUCUCUUCUCCGGGGGAGGGGGCAGGGGGGGACCCUCAAAUCCAGUGCCGGGUUAAACCUGCAGAUUAUUUCGAAGCUUCUGCCUCGGGUUGAUUGUCAUUUUCUUUCCAGAUCAAAUCCAUGUUCUUUUGAUCCAUUGUUGUGGGGCCCCAAAAGGCGUGGGGCCCCUAGACCGGUGCCUACUCUGCCUACUUGGUAAAUUGGGCACUCCGUCCCCAUCCCUCUCUGCAAAGCCUCGGAGGGGCCAGCUCGCAGGAGGCUGCAACUGUACCCUUUGGGGGAGAGGAAAAGAGCAGAUCUGAAAACCCCCUUCAAACUGAGGAUCAACAGAGGUUGAAGCCGGACACAAAUAUACGCCAAGGAAAAAACAAAAGCCUGACGUAAGGAAUAAAGAAAGAGUGACCUUCCCUCUGUCCUUGGUUGAGCUGGGGAACUCCCUCCUGCAGGAGGAAGGCUGGGCCGCCUGCCUGGCUGGCUUGAAAGGAGGGAGAGGCCAACGCGGGGCGGGGGCGGUGCUCUAUAAAAAACCCGAGGACAGCUGGGAGGCCCACCUACGUUUCCUGCUCCCUUUUUUCUUGCCAUUCUGCAGUAGCUGUUUUUAGCCGCUUCCAUGCCCUCUGGGAUAUUCGGAUAUGGAGAUAGGAGAGCAGACACUCUGCACAUGCUCAGAGGCACAGUGGAGGUGAAUGCACUUCCUUUACAUCCUCCUUCCAUCAGGUUUUGGGAGAGAACAAAGCACAUUCCAAACAGACAUAAGCAAAGGUCUGUCUCUUCCUACAGCCUCCAUUUUCUCUGGAGCCGUUUUCUCUCACUUCAGGAGAGUCGGAGAAAACAAAAGACUCAGUCACCACCCUGCCAAGAUGGCGAAUUUGCUAUUCAAUAGCCUCCCAUGGGAUCUAAGGUCACUCCCUGGCGGCUAGAGAACAACAACCAGUUAAUUAUCAACUAGUUAAAGCUCAAGAGACCGCUCUUCUUGCUUGUCUGAAGUCAAUGGAAUCUUCCAGUUAAACCCUUUCACCAAUAUAUUAUUAUUAUUAUUAUUAUUAUUAUUAUUAUUAUUAUUAUUAUUUCUUCAAUUUAUAUACCACCUUUUAUCAAAAGAUCUCAGGGUGCUGUACAACAUUAAAAAAUCAUGACAGAACAUCAAUGAUAAAAACAUAAUAAGAACUUAGUAAAAAGCAUACUGACAAAUAGCCUAAUAAUAAAAUAGUCGUCAUCGUAAGAGUUUUCUCCCCCAUACUUUUACAGGCCAUAGAUUAUUUAAUAGCCAAAGGUCUGGGUAAAGAGGAAUGUUUUUGCCUGGCACCUGAAGAUAUGUAAUGAGGGUGCCAGACAAGCCUCUCUGGGGAGAGCAUUCCACAGUUGGGAGCCACCACAGAAAAGGCUUGUUCUCUUCUUGGCAGUACACAGACAUUCCCAUUUCAGUGUGAAUUAAAUCAGUUAUGCUUAACGUCACCAUCCAAGGCAGGAGAGGCCCUGCUAGAAAGGAAGCCCACGGGGUGGUGUGGAAAGCAGUGGCACAGUGGAGGGGGCCGGGGGGCCAUGGUCCCAGGCGCAGAAUCUGGAGAGGGGGGAAACCAGGCCUUCCCCAACCAAGGAAUUGGCAUUAGGAUGCCCUCUUGGCCCCAAGUGGAGCCCCCAGAGGGAAGCCAUUAAGGCUCCCAGCCUGUCUCUGUGUUGGCAAACUGGCUGUUUGACCUGGGUGAAAUAAAACCUAGUUUUGCUCCUGUCUUGAAGAAAAAGCAGGUAUGGCAAUGCUAUAAAUAGAGAGCGAAGCAAGCCCAUUAUCUGGUUGCUGCAUUUUGAACCAGUUUCCAAGUUGUCUUCAAGAGCAGCUCGACCCAGAGGGCAUUGCAACGAUCCCUUAGCAUAGGAGUAUCCCAAGCAUAUAUGGCUGGGGGGGGGGGGUUAAGGUCUGUUGUUGUUGUUGUUGUUGUUGUUGUUAGCCUGCCUUUCACUCUAAGUUCCCAGGGCAGGUAACAACAUUAAAACACAACAUUAAAAACAGCUUUAAAAAAGCUUAACAAUCACAGAAAGAAGGUGAGUCCUGCUCUGCUUGCUGUUAAAUGCUGUGCUUUGGCUUCACCCACUUGGCCCUCAAGGAGUUGGGCAGAUCAGGAUCUGGCCCUCAGAAUAAAGAAAGGGGGACCCCAUCCCAGGAGUCUUUCUUGAGAAGGUUGGAAAUGAGACGCAAGCAGGAAAAAACAUGCCCUGAAGUCAGAGUGAGAGGAAGAGCAACUCUGGAAAAUCCCUUGGUUAGCACCCCCACAAAUGACUUACUCAUCACUCAUAGUUCUGACUUCCUUCCUUGACUGAAAACAUUGCAAGGUAGAAGCAAUCAGGCCGUUUCAACUCACAGAAAUCCCUUCUAUUGCCGGCACAUUUUUUAGGGUCAUUUUCCUUACAGGAGGGCUAGAGGAUUACUUUUCCUUCCUUCCUUUAUUAAAGAAAGCUCAGAGCCUGGACUGUGGUGGAAUCCAGUCCUGGUUCCUAGCAAAACUCAUCCACGCUUGCUCAGGAAACCUUUCUCUUCUCCUAACUGUGUGACAAUUUUAUAAUGGAACAAUAUAUUUGCUUUUUAGAAGUUGCUGGCAGCUCUAAUUCAGACCAUCAGACAGAAGAUGACGAAAGGAAAAACAGAUUCCUUGAGAUCUCUGGAGGACUUCCUGGGAGCAGAGCUGGAUAAGCAAAAUUCAGCUGGUCCUGAAGCAGGAGGAGCCCAUGCCAUUGGCACUGGGAGAAGUGGGGGAUUCUGGGAAAACUCUGUGCAGCAGGUCCUGAGAGAAGAGGACACCCUCCGCUCAGAUGUGCAGAGCCAGCAGUUCAGCUACCAGGAGACUGAAGGACCACGAGAGGUUUGCAGCUGGUUCUACCACCUUGACCAUCAAUGGCUGGAGCCAGAAAGGCACACGAAAGCUGAGAUGCUGGACCUGGUGAUCUUGGAGCAAUUCCUGGCUGUCCUUCCACCGGAGAUGGAGAGCUGGGUGAGGGAAUGUGGAGCAGAGACCAGUUCCCAGGCAGUGGCCCUGGCCGAAGGUUUCCUCCUGAGUCAGGCGGAGGAGAGGAAGCAGGUGAGAGAGACUUUCCUCUGGAUGCUCCCAAGGGGCUCCAGACAGGAGGGAGAGUCUCCUAAAAUCAUCUACUAAUGGCCCAUCCUUUUUUGGAAAGCAUCCAAGGAAGAAUAUAUGAUACCCCCAGAUUUUAUCUCUGCCAUUCGCUUUCUGAUCUUUCUCCCCAUUCUCUGUUUGGAAUCCCUGUUUCUCUUUCAGGGAAAGGAUCUGUUUGCAGAAAUGGGCCCUGAUUUGGCAGAGAUGACUCCGUUGGACACCAGAGAGAGGCUGCUGGGUAAGGAGGAAGGAGUUUCUUCUCCAUUUGGUCACAUGCUGUGGAUUUAGAAACUAAUCUGUAAAUUCUUUUCAUAUUUUGGGGUAAGACACUUGGAGGUCAGAUGUUUCUUUGCACAAUGAAAAUAUGAAAUGGGUACAAACAUCAGCAGGGGAUAAUUUCUCUAAGGCCUAUCUGUAGCUAGAUAAGCACUGCUUCACCCCUGAGAGCAUCAUGCACUCGUGGAUUCUGACUUAACUUUGUCUCUUGCAGGUGACAAAAUGAUGCCGGCAAGAGCUCCUCAUCCAUCCUUUCAUGAUGGUGGAGGGGAAUCAGUGGCUGUGGAACCAGAUCAGGUAGGGGGUAGGAGGCUGAGGAGUGGGGUAGCCAGGGUGUCUCUGGUUCCAAACAAGUGUCUCUCCUCUAGGCUUGUGUCUACAAAGUUGUAUUACUGGGAAAUGAGGGAGGAAGUGAUCAUGUCCUCCUGGAUUUCAUGAUUCAGAGGCAACUGAAAAUGGAGUAUAUUCAGACAUGCACUCUGGCCAAUUUCAAAAAGCUUAAGGAGCUUCUGGGUGAGAUCCCAUGGUCACAAAUAGUCAAAGAAAAGGGUUUCCCAGGUUGCUGGGAGUUUCUUAAAGGUGAGGUGUUGAAGGCACAAAUACAGACAAGUCCAACCAAAAAAAAAAGUGGGAGGCAUCUAGAUAAAUUGAUGUGGUUACAUAAGGAGCUUACAGGUGAGCUGAAAAGUAAGAAGGCCACAAAAGAGGAGUAGACAAGAGGAGGCAACAGUUGUGGGGAGAAGGUCUGGUGGGCCAAAGCUCAGAAUGAAGCUCAGGUUUUCAAGAGAGGUUCAAAAUAAAUUUUAAAAGUUUUAUUUGGCUAUGUUUGAAGCAAGGGGAAGAAAAAGAAAAUAGUAGUUCCCAUGCAUAGAGAAUACAGAGAAAUGCUUUUGGAUGACAGACAAAAGGCAGAACUGCAGCAAAAUCAGCUAAUGCUAUUCUAGGCUGUGUUAACAAAAGUUUAGUGUCCUGAUCAUGAGAAGUAAUAGUCCCACUCUAUUCUGCCUUGGUCAGACCACACCUGGAAUAUUGUGUGCAGUUUGGGGCACCAAAGUUUAAGAGAGAUGUUGACAAGCUGGAAGGUGUACAGAGGAGGGCAACCAAGAUGAUCAGGGGCCUGGAAACCAAGCCUGAUGAGGAAUGGUUGAAGGAGCUGGGUAUGUUUAGCCUCCAGAAGAGGAGACUGAGAGGAGAUAACAUAGUAAAAAUGGAUUCUACAAAGGAGAUUCCAACUAAACAUCAGGAGGAAGUUUCUGACAGUAAGAUGUUUGACAGUUGAACUGACCCCCUUGGAAGGUUGUGAACUCUCCUUCAUUGCAGCUCUUUAAGCAGAGGUUGGAUGGUCCUUUGUCAGGGAUACUUUAGUUGAGAUUCCUGCAUUGCAGGAUUUGGAUUAUCUGACUCUCAGGGUCUCUUCCAAUUCUUCCAGUUCAAGAAUUCUAUUAUUUUAUCAGUCAUUUCUUCAGUGAUCAGGAUUAACCUAACCAGCCCCAUCAGCUGCACAAUAGGGCUUUCUCCCACUGUUUCUACCCCCUGAAAGUCUCCCCUAACCUCAUCCCCAAUAGCAGACAGAGGGAGAAGGGAAUGGACUCUUCCAUCUGGCAAAUGGAAAGCUUGAGCAGACAAUAUUGGAGUUCCAUCCAUUUGCACAAAGAUUGAUAACUAGCAUUAAAAUACACAAUAAAAGAAUUCCAUUAAGAUGUUAAGAUAAGUAUCCAUAAUUAAAAUGCAAACAAUCCCAUUAAACAAUCCCAUGAAAACAACAGGGCAAUUAACAGGCAGAAAACAACAGCACAAUGUGUAGUACUUCAUUUUAUACUGUCUAAGAGGAGGACCUUUUCCUUUCAGGGUUCAUUGUGCUUUGAAGAUGUCGCUAUUCAUUUCACAGACGAGGAAUGGGCAUUGCUAGACCCUGACCAGAGAGCUCUGCAUCAGGAAGUCAUGGAAGAGAAUCGUGGGAUCAUGGCCUCUCUCGGUAAGGUUCCCUGUUGGAUCAUCAUAAUAAUAAUUUAUUAUACCCUGUCCAUCUGGCUGGGUUUCCCCAGCCACUCUGGGCGGCUUCCAACAAAACACUAAAAUACAGUAACCUAUUCCAACAUUAAAAGCUUCCCUGAACAGGGCUGCCUUCAGAUGUCUUCUAAAAGUUUGGUAGUUAUUUUUCUCUUUGACAUCUGGUGGGAGGGCAUUCCACAGGGCGGAUGCCACUACCGAGAAGGCCCUCUGCCUGGUUCCCUGUAACUUGGCUUCUCACAGCAAGGGAACCACCAGAAGGCCCUCGGCGCUGGACCUCAGUGUCCGGGCAGAAUGAAAGGGGUGGAGACGCUCCUUCAGGUGUACUGGGCCGAGGCCAUUUAGGGCUUUAAAGGUCAACACCAACACUUUGAAUUGUGCUCGGAAAUGGGCUGGGAGCCAAUGUAGGUCUUUCAAGACCGGUGUUAUAUGGUCUCGGCGGCCACUCCCAGUCACCAGUCUAGCUGCCACAUUCUGGAUUAGUUGUAGUUUCUGGGUCACCUUCAAAGAUAGCCCCACAUAGAGCACAUUGCAGUAGUCCAAGCGAGAGAUAACUAGAGCAUGCACCACUCUGGUGAGACAGUCCGUGGGCAGGUAGGGUCUCAGCCUGCGUACCAGAUGGAGCUGAUAAACAGCUGCCCUGGAUACAGAAUUGACCUGCACCUCCAUGGACAGCUGUGAGUCCAGAAUGAUUCCCAGGCUGCGCACCUGGUCCUUCAGGGGCACAGUUACCCCAUUCAGGACCAGGGAGUCCUCCACACCCACCCGCCUUCUGUCCCCCAGAAACAGUACUUCUGUCUUGUCAGAAUUCAACCUCAAUCUGUUAGCUGCCACCCAUCCUGUUUUGAAAUUCCAUAUGUAAUGAACUCCCAAGAUUUUAAUUAACUGCACCACCUACAGCAUCUAAAGUCUUAUACCCCCACAAGCCACCUUUAAUGGAAGGAUUAUUGACUGUUUUGUCUGUGAAGAUUCUUUGUCCAGUUAUGCCUUUCUUAAGAAUGAUCUGGCUGUCCUGAACUGCCCUGGCCCUUUUAAAUGUUGACUUCAGAGUGGUUAGGGAAGUUGAGGGAGCUUCUGUCAGGCAUUGUGCUUGUCCUUCUGCUGUGGUCAAUUUUUCGUCGACCAAAGAGACUACUGACCUUGGAGAUGGAGGGGAUUCCAUGACUGGGCCAAACAAAAUCCAUUCCAGAGGAAAGCCAGGCUCUUCAAAUCUCAGGUUCCCAUAAAUACAUCCAUGAAUGCACAUCAACAAAGGAUAUGAAUCCUCUAGUAGGAUCUCCCAUGUAAGAUCUUUUAGUUCUUCCUCUGUCACAAGCAUUAAUCAACAUUGUUCAAUAAUUUGGAGCUACAUUUCUUCCCGAUGCGCUAAUCUGUUUCUCUUUUCAUUGCAGGUGGUGAUGAAUUGGAAAUGAAGAACAAGGGAGACCACAACAAAAUCCGCAGAGUGGAGAAACCACAGAAAUAUUUGGAGUGUGGUGAGAGCUUCAAUCAGAGCAGCAAUCUCACUUCUUAUCAAGGAAUUCACACAAACAAGAAACCUUAUCAGUGCUUGGAAUGUGGGAAGAGCUUCAAACAUAGCUCCCAUCUCACUUCCCACCAGAGAAUUCAUGCAAUGGAGAAACCCUAUCAAUGCUUAGAAUGUGGAAAGAGCUUCAAUCAAAAAGGCAAUCUCACAUCCCAUCAAAGAAUCCAUACAGGGGAGAAACCCUAUCAAUGCUUGGAAUGUGGAAACAGCUUCCGUCAGAGAACUGAUCUCACAUCCCAUCAAAGAAUUCAUACAGGGGAGAAACCCUAUCAAUGCUUAGAAUGUGGGAAGAGCUUCAGGCACAGGGUUAAUCUCACUUCCCAUCAAAGAAUUCAUACAAGGGAGAAACCAUAUCAAUGCUUGGAAUGUGGGAAGAGCUUCAGUCAAAAGGGCAGUCUCAAUCUCCAUCAAAAAACUCAUACAGGCGAGAAACUACAUCAGUGCUUGGAAUGUGGAAAGAGCUUCAUUCGGAAGGAAACACUCACUUUCCAUCAAAGAAUUCAUACAGGGGAGAAACCAUAUCAGUGUACGGAAUGUGGAAAGAGAUUCAGUCAGAGUGGUCUUCUGACUUCUCAUCGAAGGGUUCAUACUGGGGAGAAACCUUAUAAAUGCUUAGAAUGUGGAAAGAGAUUCAGUCAAAAAGUCAAUCUCACUUCCCAUCAUAGAAUUCAUACAGGGGAGAAACCAUAUCAGUGUACGGAAUGUGGAAAGAGCUUUAGUCAGAGUGGUCUUCUGACUUCCCACCAAAGAAUUCAUACAGGGGAGAAGCCCUAUCAAUGCUUGGAAUGUGGAAAGAGCUUCAGUCAGAAAGGAAAUCUCACUUUCCAUCAAAGAAUCCAUACAGGGGAGAAACCAUACCAAUGCUUGGAAUGUGGAAAGAGUUUCAGUCAGAGUGGCCUUCUUGAUUCCCAUCAAAGAAGUCAUACAGGGGAGAAACCCUAUCAGUGCUUGGAAUGUGGAAAGAGCUUCAGUCAGAAAGGAAAUCUCACUUUCCAUCAAAGAAUUCAUACAGGGGAGAAACUCCACCAAUGCUUGGAAUGUGGGAAGAGCUUCAUUCGGAAGGAAAAUCUCACUUCCCAUCAAAGAAUUCAUACAGGGGAGAAACCAUAUCAGUGCCUGGAAUGUGGGAAAAGCUUCACACAGAAGGUCAAUCUUACCUUCCAUGAAAUAAUUCAUACAGGGGAGAAACCAUAUCAGUGUUUAGAAUGUGGGAAGAGUUUCAGUCAGAGGAACAGUCUUAUUUAUCAUCAAAGAGUUCAUGGAGGCGGAAAACUCUAUCAGUGCUUGAAAUGUGGGAAGAGCUUCAGUCAAAGGAACAGUCUCACUUCCCAUCAAAGAGUUCAUACAGGAGAAAAACCCUACCAAUGCUUAGAAUGUGGGAAGAGCUUCAGUCACAGCGCCACUCUCACGUCACAUCACAGAAUUCAUACAGGGGAGAAACCAUAUCAGUGUACGGAAUGUGGGAAGAGCUUCACUCAGAGGGGCCAUCUCACUUUCCAUCAAAGAAUUCAUACAGGGGAGAAACCAUAUCAGUGUACGGAAUGUGGGAAGAACUUUAGGGACAGCCGCGCUCUUACUUCCCAUCACAGAAUUCAUACAGGGGAGAAACCAUAUCCGUGCUUGGAAUGUGGAAAGAGCUUUAACGAGAGUGCCAUUCUCAUCUCUCAUCAAACAAUUCAUACAGGAGAAAAAGCAUUUCAGUGCUUUGAAUGUGGAAAGAACUUCAGUAAGAAGAGUAAUCUUACUACUCAUCAAAGAAUUCAUACAGGGGAGAAACCAUAUCAGUGCUUGGAAUGUGGAAAGAGCUUCAGUCAGAAUGGAUCUCUCACUUCCCAUCAAAGAAUUCAUAAAGGGGAGAAACCAUAUCAGUGCUUGGAAUGUGGAAAGAGCUUCAGUCAAAAGGGAAGUCUCACUUCCCAUCAAAGAAUUCACACAAGAGAGAAACCAUAUCUGUGCUUGGAAUUUGGAAAGGACUUCAGACAGAGUUCCCAUUUCAAUUCCCAUCAAAGCACUGACACUGGGGAGAAACCAUAG